UUGUUUUGUUUGCACUUAAAGGCGAGCCAUUUUCAUACAUGCCUUUUUGUUCUGUGUAGUAGUAUAUAGAAUUGCGAGGACUGCAAAAGAGGAGAGAAAACCGGUCGGAGGAGGUGAACGGGUUUGUAGCUCUGGUUAGAGGAGCUGGUGUGACGUAGCAGACACACACACACACACAGAGAGAGGGAGAUACACACAUACACACACCGGCCGCUGCUGCGCCUGCCAGGAUCUGAAUGUGGGGAAAUGACCGAGAGUGACCUCAAAGGAAACACUCUAUUUUAGCGUUUGUUCGCUCGAGUAAAAUAUAGGUAACGAUUAAGAGAAAGGCAGGCUAACAUUGCCCCGGUUUGUCGUUGUAAGCAGUCGGGGGUUCUUUCUGGGAUUUUUUUCCUUUUUUUUUUUUUCUUUAUUGCCCCUGCAGAUGCUAAGCUAAGCUAAAGCUAAAGGCUAAAGCUAAAAAGGGUAGCUGCUGCUGCUGCCAUGGAUAAAGCCAAGUCGAUGAUGGACAAGAAGGGAGCGUCGGGACCCUUUCACAUCAACAACGGGCAGAGUCAGAGGGGCUUUCACGGUCCCACGGUGGUCGUGGCGGCGGCUAACGGGGGCUGUUGCAGCGGCAGCAACGGGGGUACUUUAGAAAACCUGCACCACCUGCACCGUGGGGACGAUGCGGAGUGCAACGGGUCCCCGGCCAAGCGGUGCAGGCUACGGAGGAGGACGGAGUCGGUGAGACGGAACAGACCCCCAUUUCCCUGGUUUGGUAUGGACAUCGGUGGUACUUUGGUUAAGCUGGUGUACUUUGAGCCAGUCGAUAUCACCGCAGAGGAAGAACAGGAGGAAGUGGAGAACCUGAAGUCCAUCCGCCGCUACCUCACUUCAAAUGUGGCCUAUGGUAAAACAGGCGUCCGUGACGUCCACCUGGAGCUGAGGAACCUGACCAUGUGUGGCCGGACAGGAAACCUGCACUUCAUCCGCUUCCCAACACAGGCCAUGCCCCGCUUCAUCCAGAUGGGACGUGACAAGAACUUCUCCAGCCUGCACACGACACUCUGCGCCACCGGCGGCGGGGCGUACAAGUUUGAGAACGACUUCCGAACAAUGGCCGACCUGGAGCUGCUGAAACUGGACGAGCUGGACUGUUUGAUCCGUGGCCUGCUGUUCGUUGACCGGGUGAGCUUCAACGGUCACCCAGAGUGCUACUAUUUCCAGAACCCAUCAGACACCCAGAGCUGCGUGAAGAAGCCCUGCACGCUGGACAACCCCUUCCCCAUGCUGCUGGUCAACAUCGGUUCUGGGGUCUCCAUACUGGCCGUGUAUUCGGAGAACAACUACAAACGGGUGACUGGGACCAGUCUCGGGGGUGGGACAUUCCUGGGACUUUGCUGCCUGCUGACGGGCUGCGAGACGUUUGAGGAGGCAUUGGAAAUGGCCAGCAAGGGCGACUCUACCAACGUGGACAAACUGGUGAAGGACAUCUAUGGCGGAGAUUAUGAGCGCUUUGGCCUUCAGGGCUCUGCUGUCGCAUCCAGUUUUGGUCACAUGAUGAGCAAAGAGAAGCGAGACAGCAUCAGUAAGGAAGACCUGGCCAGAGCUACACUGGUCACCAUCACUAAUAACAUAGGAUCCAUAGCACGCAUGUGUGCUGUCAACGAGAAAAUCGAGCGUGUCGUGUUUGUUGGGAACUUCCUUCGAAUCAACACAGUGUCUACAAAACUGCUAGCCUACGCCAUGGACUUCUGGUCUAAAGGACAACUAAGAGCUCUCUUCCUGGAACAUGAGGGUUAUUUUGGAGCUGUGGGUGCGCUGAUGGAGCUGCUCAAGACAACAGAGGACCCGUGAGGGACACUCUGUCGUGACAUCAUCAGCCCUCAACAACACGAUGUCAUCCAUCCCUUAUCGCUGUGAUGUCAUCAACUCUCAAAGCUGUGACGUCAUCAACUUCAGACGCUGCUGAAAGGUCCCGUUCACAGAGGCCCCUAAAAGGAACACUAAGAGAGAGACACAGAAACUGGGAAAAGCCAUUUUAAUAAUUUAACACUUGUAAAUAAUGAUAACCUCUAACAUCUAUCUCCUAAAUUUCCCAAACAGAGUCCCCCUAUCAUAGAGGUUUUAAUAUUGUAAUCAUUAAUUUAUGGUUUCCUGUAAUCAACUCUGUUGAUUCCUGUGAUCAGUCUUGUGUCAGGAGGCACAGAGAAACAGAGUAUUUUAGUGUUUUUUGUUACUGUGUGUGUUUGCGUGAAAAGCUACUGUAGCAUUACGUCCUGGAGGCUGUGGCACACCAGGCGACUAUUUGUGCAAUGGUCCUUUUAAGAUAGGAUGUCUGCAACAGACAUUAUGUUACUCUUCAGUGAGUAAUUGGACAUUUUUACCACCAGGGACUCAAGGAAAAGUCUCUUCUGCGGCCAGAAAAACAUCAGCUGUAAAACCAUCGAGGCCACAGCUCGUGGUCAGACUGCGGCUGGUCAGCGACGUGCUGCUCAUGUUGCCUCUAUUUGCACAAAAAGUUGCCCACCAUGCUACAGUCUUCUGAGGAGUGCACUGAAGCCAAAUCCUGUUGAGAUUCAUACAACACCUGCCUCCUUCAGCUCAGAUAGGAAGCAGGAAACGGUCUUUAUUCUUUCUGUUGCUCCACUGCACAUGGCCUUUGCUUUUUUUUCUUUUCUUUUUUUUUCUUUGUCUCUUCUCCGACUGCCUACAUGUAAAACAGCAUUGUCAACACCGUAUUGCCAUGCAUGCGUAACUAACCCGCUGAGUUUAGUGUUAGAUGACGGGACCAAGACACUGUCUUCCAACAGAUAGCGCUACAGCUGUGUCUGCGUCGUUAAUUUGUGUCCACUAGCGUCAAACACAGUCAGUCCAGCUCAGCAACCUGUGUCUGUGAUAUGUGAGGUACUGUGGGAUCUUCUUCUUGUCUUCUCUGUCCAGCUCAAGGACGCUUCUGCAAGAUUGAGGUCCACAUCCUCCGGCUUCGUUGCCACUCUUCUGCCUUGUUUGGGUGUUUUUAAUGUGAUUUAAUUAAGUGUUAAUUUUCUCCAUGUGAAUCCUGGCAUAAAAAAAGGUUCAGCACCCCCUGUUGUAUAUGCAGAUGCAGCAGAGUCCGAGCCACCUUUUUUGGAGACAAUGGGGACCAAGACAGUUUUUGCAAAGAGUCGCCCUUCAUGCAAAUUACAAAUAAUGCAAAUUGGCUAGCAGCAGAUAAACUAGAUUAGACUGUGUGAUUACUGUCUUAUGUUGCAGAUAUUGUGUAUAACAGCCUGUGAUUUAUUCUCAAAGUGCUAAGUGGGUACAUUAAGUUUCAUCCUCUCCACUUUUCACUCGCAGACAAUGAGAAAAACAAUCAUCUUUCAAUUUGCAUGCUGCUGUUUGAGAACAGUGAGUCAGGGCACCUUUUACGUGCCCAAACUGCCUUUUCUGUCCUGAUCUGACACUGCACCCUAGAAGAGAUUUAAGCAAUUUAAUUUCAAACUCUGUAUUUACAGUAUACUUGAAAAUGCUGAACGUGGUGACGACACGGCCUGAGAUUCUAGGAUGGAAAACAUCGCUCGCCUGAAAUGCCUGUGAUAAUAAUAUUCUGAGGGCAGGAAGUUUAAAAGGAAUCUCACAAUCUGCAAUUAUGUUAAGUUACAUGCACACCUCAUUGUAAAGCAACGGUUGCUGCAAUUUACUCUGCAUGACAAUAACAGCUGUAAAGAGGAAUUGCUCCUUCUAGACCUCUAGAUUAGAACAGUUAAGGAUAAACAUGGACCAUAAGUACAGCCGAGGUUCCUUUUAAUGUCAAGGAAAUGCCCCCUUCAGGCCCCCACUCCCCAAACUGCCUGGACCUUCUCAGCCUUUCAUCUCUGUUUAAUUGUGUAAGCAGCUGUACCGUAAAGCUGGGCGGUGCAGUCUCUUCUGUCCACUGCUUUAUACAGAAUAUUUAGCACCACUGUGUACAUGCCUUUACUCUCUCCAGCAGAGAAACUGUCCGCCCCCCCCCCCCCCCUUUUUUUUUUUUUUUGGAAUCCCUCUUCGUGUAAUCACCUCCAUCUCUCAGUUUUUGUUUUACACUAUUUAUUGUUAAAUACCUCCAAACUAUCACUACAAACACUUUUUGGGGCAGUUAGUUUUAUUUGUCUCUGAGCCUGAGUUCACCACUUUAACAAGAUAUUUUAAUUUCUUCUUUAAUAUUGAGCAUUUUACUUUGCUAGUUGAACUUGAAGUUAUCGCCUCUUCAUCAUCUAAGUACACUGACUCCGACUAAUAUGUUUGCUGCUAUGCAGUCCUGUUUUUGUUUAGUUUUUUCAGUACAAAGACACAUUAGGCAGUUGGAUUAUAGGCAGGAAGUUGUUAUUUCAAGUUGAUGUUAUCAUCCACAGCUACUCACAAUACCUUAACAUUUAAAAACAUUUAAAGUUUUGCUGUGAAAUUCAGUAUUUGUCAUUUGAAGCAACUGUGUUCGUAAAUUCAGGAUUUAACAGGUUAAAUUAGGGUAGAUAUGUCAGAUGAGGGUUAUUAUAAUAGACUCACAAAGUCUUUCUCAUAAUCCCUCUUUUACAGAGUGGAUCCACUCUGUAGCUCCUAAAUACUUUAAGUCUUGUUCCUACUGUGGAUAUAUUGUGUGUAACAGAUUUCAUUAAUUACCUAUUGGCUGAACUAAUUCGAAUGUCAACACUUAUGCAAGUCUUCAGACUAAAACUGUGGUGAAAGACUAUUUGACAUUUGGCAACCUUUCAUCUGAGAUCAUGAAUCAUCAACUUGUUCGAUCCAGCCUGUUUUCAGCUCCAGUGACGCAGCAGAUGUUCUUUUCUGGUGCUCUCCACUUUUUUUUUUUUCUGCCUUGGUUCGACUCAUGUUUGGAUGAGUACAGUGGCCUCAACCUAACAGGUGCCACUCAGCUUUAAAAAAUCAGACUGGUGUUUUUCUUUUUUCUUGUGCCGACCCUCCUCCUCCUAAUCUGAAAACUCUCAUCAGCUGCCUUCACUUAGCCUGGUUACACCACAUUUGUGCCCUUCCUUCACCUUUCCUGUGUGGUUAACUUUUUAUUUCUUAACCUGCUGAACUUCACCUCGGUGUUCUUGUAAUCUUGAGCAUGUUCGAUUUUUCACUCUUUGUUUCCUGAGUUAGUUUUUUUGUUUGUUUCUUUUAUGCUAAUGUAACAGAACGAGUGCAUGUUAACACACAUUUACAGUUUGGAUAGCAGAGUGUCCACAACUCUCUGGCUAGUCCUAAAUGUUUCUGAAAUGAUUACAUUUUGGUACUAAAAGUUGAUCAUUUUGAAAAGUCUUGAGGUAUCACUUUUCAUGAACAAUGAGAACUGGAUUUUUUUUUUCUUUCCCUGAAAUGCAUUAUUUUGGGCAACAGUUUGGUUUGGGAACAUUUUUAAAAAUACAUGUCCGUUUAAAGUAUUUCUAUCCUGUUUUUUUGAUUUUGUAAAAUAUUUUUCUGGCCAGUAAUAAGAAAUAAUAAUGUGAGUUAGAGUUAGUCCCCCCCCCCCCCCCCCCCCCUUACAUGUUUUGAGAAUACUGUUGUACUGAUUUUCUUUAAUGGUUUGAUUGACUUUAGUUGGCCUAAAAGAACCAAUGUGAUCGUCCCCAGAAAUGUAAAAUCCCUGCUAUGAUGCUCUGUCCCGCUCGUUAAACAUGUUGUGUGGUGUGUGCUGCACUUAUAAAAGCGAUCAGAGUUUAAAAUGCAAGCUGUACAUUUUAAACACGUCAUCACUGUCCUGCAGAGCCUCUCAUCUCAAAACAAGGGACGGCAAUGAUUUGAACAUUUUCAACUCUUUUAUCAUUUGAUGCACUGUUUUAUUGGGAAUAGAUGUAAAUAUAGAUAGAAAAUAUGAGAUGAUUUGUGGUCUCUGCAGAAUAUGGAUGACAUGCGCUAAAAGUUGUUCUUUUUAAAAUGUGUGUUCCUUUUCUUCUUUCUUUUUUUAUUGUAUAUAUUUGUGGAGAUAAUAUAUAUUCCUAAAUCGAGCUCACUUGCCAGAAUUAGCUAAUCUAGGCCAGCAUUAUUCAAAAGUUUCCAAUCCAGUGUUACAAACUGUCACGCGAGUAUCAGGACUUCAAAUAAUUUGAGUAUUUUGGACCUAACUAAUCUACUCUACUGCUGCAGUUUCUGUUUGUUUGACUUUCAGAAUCAAUCACACUUCAUGGUAUUAAAAUGAUCAGCUUCAGCUCUAAUGAAACCCAUCAAACCCUAAAACAGUAUCACAUCCUGGACUGUAGUCGACUUUAUUGUUAAAAGCUUUAAUAGUGUUUAAAGCAAAUUUCUGUAACUACAUCUCAGUUUGAAGGCAAGAAUUCAGUCGUUAAAGUAUUUUAGCUUCCAAGCAAGUGAUUUUUACUGUAAUCAUGAGUGAACAACGUGGCUGCUUGUCUGCUUUGAUAACAGUUUUUAGGGUUUUGGGUUGAUGGACCAUCUGUACUCGGAUCCAUAUGUUUUGCACCGUACUUGUAAAGAAAGCUUUGGCUAUAAAAGCAUCUACCGAACGGCAAAUGUUGUGUCACCCAUAGUGAAAUCUAAGCAACGGGCUAUGCAGUAAUUCAUCCAUUUAUGUUUUUGUCCCUUUUUAACAAACCUCUCCAAAACCUACCAGAGCUGAUUUGACUUGUUUGUAAAUGUUUAAGAAAAAGGAUAAUAAUAUGCAACCUUGUUAAGUUUUCCCCUCUGAGAAAUCCUGUUUUUGAAUCUUGAUGGAGAAAGUUCAGUCCUGCUGAUUCAAGUCGUUAACACUAUUAAAGGCGGAUGCUCAUAACAGGAUGUUUUAGACCUAAUUAAGAACCAGAAAUGGAGAACGAAGCAUUUUUUAUUAUUGUGAUCUGUGUGAACUAAUCAUACUAAACAGGACAUGGUCACACUUGCCUAUAGUUACUUUUGAAUAGCAGACUCCUUCAGGUUAUGCUUCUUGUCGCUUGAUUAAUCCAGGUUGAGUAUGUUUAAACUUCAUUCUCAUGUGGUUUUUUUUAUAUCUAUGUGUUUAAAAAAACCUAAAUAUCCAAUAGGUUGUUCUCUGUGACAAUGUUCAUUUUUAUUUCCUGAACAUUUUUUCUUCAGGAUGGCCAAAAAAUCUUCUAUCUUGUGACAAUUGAAACCUCAUGUAGCGCAUUAGUCCCAAUGACAUAAUGUUGUUCCUUGUGCCCUUGUGACCUUUUUGCUUGUCUAAUCUUUUUCAACCCAUUUUGCUUAAAUCGUUCGGCAUUUCUUCAGAGGUUCUUAAUCUUGUCAAACAUCCUGUUGGGAGGGGGGGGGGGCAACAACAACAAAAAACGAAACACACACAUCCAGCCUCGAAAAAACUGUCUUCUGGUAUUGCUUGACGGGCAGGAAAGACCUUUUCACCCUUGUGUAUUAUUUGAUUGUACAGAGAUUUUGUAAAUACUAUUAAUAUGAUAUAUUCUACACCAGCAAUCUGUCUGUUGAUAAAGUUGUUUCAGCUGUUCAGGGCCAGGUUUCCCAAAAAAAGAAAAAAAACAAGGCUCGGCACCUCAUUUAUUACAAUUCCAAAGCAGACAGAAAAUGCAUCGAAAUAAGCCGCCACCCCCCUCCCCCCACCACCACCACCACCACCUUAACAAAUGAUAAGUAGUAUUAGUAAUGCUUGUGUUAACCUAUUUGUGGUGUCAUAUUGGUGAGACUUCAUUAGAGCUAGAUACUUUUUUAUGUGAUUGUGUAAACUUUCUGCUAUUCAUGGUAACGUGUGUUAAAUCCACCAAUCUAAUGAUUUAAUAUUACAUGCAUUACCUACUUUAAUAUCAUUCCCCCUAGUCCAUUUGACUUUAAUUCAAAAAUACCUAUCGUAAAUAACUCCUUUGAAUUUUAAAAGACGAUUUAAAACUGAAUUUAAAGUCCUUUUUUUAAGGGGAAAUGUAGUCCGAUCAGAGCUUUCCUUGACACUCUUAAAGUGUUGAACUUGGUUUGAUGCUCUCGGUCGCUUCAGUCCAGGUCCCCGUUUUCUGUCUGCUGGAUUUCAGUGCCGGGUGGUUCACUUCAGCUCCUCUGUGAUCUGGAUCUGGAUCUGGGUGUGAAAGUUUUGGGAAGCCCAGUGCUGGUUGUUGGCGUCAGUUCUGCUGCUGCUUUUAACUCCGGCUUGAAAAAAGAAAGGGUUAACAAACAAAAAAAAGAAUCUAAAAAGGAAAAGGCUCUCUGCCUUGUGCAAUGUGUAUGUACUGAAGUGAAGAGUUUUGGUUUUUUUUUCUAAAAAGGAAUAAAACUAAAACUGGA